AUGGACGUCUUGUUAGGGAUUCUUCGUACAUCCACCGACAAUGAGGAGCGUCGGAAGGCGGCGUUGCAGCUGCGUCAGGUGCAGGAAGACACACCAGCGGACUUUCUCCGCAUUACGUGGGAGGGCAUCGCUUCCCCUGCGUUAGCACCUGAAGAACGCUUUUUCCUUGCCUCAACGAUGCUGGAGUUUGUUGAGCAAUCGUGGCGCAACGCUCUCCCCAAAGAUGUGCAGCUGGACCUCAUUGACCGCUACGCGCAGCUUUUACUAAGCGAACCCCUGCCUUCGUUGUCCUUAGCUCGGAAAGUGGCAACAGUGCUUUGCAUCAUGGUCAUGCGCUCCGGGGCAAAAGCCAUGCCAGGCGCAUUACCAGCGCCAACCGAUCGUGUAGCGAGGUUGUUGUGUGAUGCCUGUGUGCGGGCCGCGUCGGGUGCGACAGUUACCUCGAUGGGCUUUCUCACACAGUGUCUCUUAACUUUGCAUAUUUUUCUCAAGGAGGCGCAGCGAAAGCGCCUUAACAACAUGUUUGGAAAGCUGUGUACUCUGCUUGUCCCUGCCAUGUCCAACCUUUUUGCGUCCAGCGCGUCGUGGGAUCACGUUGAGUUCUAUCUGCCUCUACUGUACCUCAUGAAAGGUGCUCUGCGAGUCUUUGGUGUCGGCGUGUUUGAGCCAAGCUUUUAUCCGUAUCUGCUGACUAUAACGUGGAACCUCACACGUGGCGUGAUUGCAUCAGGGCAGCAGCAAAAUCAUCAUCAACUGCUGCUGUGCCGCCAGCGAUUGCUGGAGUACGCCCUGAAGGUGCAGCUGAAGGCGGUGGGCACAUUCCCUGCACGAUUGAGCGAACUUUCGCCAGAAUUCUUUUUGGCGCGUGGAGGUACUCUGGAGGGUACUGCCUCUCUCUUCCGUCUUCUUGUCUCCGUUAUUGAAACCCCGCUUGGGUUCGUUGCAUCGAAAAAGAUGCUGUUUCGAUCGAUGGCUCUCUUCACCGCCUUGAUGAUGGAGGAGGACUCUGUGGAGUUCACAAAGGGACAGCUAAUAGCAUUCGCGGAUUCCCCGCUCUUGCAUUGUCUUAUGGAGCAUGUGACGAUGCUGCUUGCGGAUGACGUGCGUGCAUCAAUGCUACAGGAGUGGGAAACUGAACCGGAGCGGUUUGUCUUGGAAUUCGAUACUCCUGUCGUGGACGAUGAUGAAAGUGUGACCGGCGCUGCGGAAGAGUUGCUGCUUGCCUUGACAGGCUCAACGAACUGUGCUGCACGUAGUCUUGCGGUGGAGUGGCAGAUUGUUAAUGCCUUUCUGGCCAGCGACGAUCUCGCCCGCGUUACGGCUGCAUUACAUGCGAUUGGGAUUUGCUACCACACCAUGUCUGUUGGUCAGGACCCGACGGGUUAUCUUGCCUUUCUGACGGGAAAACUCCUUCCACUCAUUUGCGGUGCCGACGCCGCGCCCACUUCGUCCUUCGUGCUACGACGCGUUGUUUGGAUGACAGGUAUGUGGUGCGAUUCCGUGCAGGAUACAUCUGUGCGCCGCGAGGUUCAUGCCGCGUUUGGGUCCUUGUUGGUUUCCUCGACCUCCACCGUGGUGUUGCUGACGCUGCUGCGCUCCAUUGGCAAUUUCAUCACUGACGCCAACUUUAGUCGUGAGGAGCUCACACCUGACUACGUACAAAACGUGCUACUGACGAUUCAACGCCUUCUGCCGCAACUGCGUACUCCGUCUAGUGUGCGGGUGCUAGCAGAACUUAUGUGUGGUUUGGUUUCAUGUGGAGUGCUGAACGCUGGCAAUGGUGAGAGACUGCUGGAUGUGGUGCUUCCUGCUGUGUAUCGAUUUAUAGGCGAAGCCGACGCCACAGUGAAGGCAAAUGAACAUGACGACGACUCAGAAUUAGACGCGGGCUCCUUGGGGGUCUUGCUGCAAUGCACCGCUGCAUGCACACAACUCUCCUCCCCAGAGAUGGAAUACCAGGUGUGGUCUUUGUUUCCCAAUGUGGUUCUCCCUUGCACCAUGCCUGAGGGCAAGUUAACACUUUGGGUGGAAGAUAACGCCUGGGAGAUGCUCUUGGAGAUGUCGCAUAAUGUUCAUGCAUGGAGUUCGGUCACGCGUGAUGCCCUUGCAUGGUGCCUCCAGAACAUGAAGCGUGAAGCAGCGGUGCUGUCGCUGGUGGUGCGAUGUGCGUACUGUCUCCUGCUGCUCUGCCCACAUCCUGUGGAGCUCGUUGACGCCGAGAUGGUGGAUCGUGCGCUGGAGCUCUUGACACAAUCUCAGUGUACUGAACUCCUCACGGCUUCUUUCGCGAUGCUGGGAGUGAUGGCGCGACGAGGCAACCUGGCACUGCGGUGUCACCUGCUGGAUUUUGCGGUCCAGAGGCUGCUUUCCACAGAGUCUGUGCAGGCAGAGUUUUACGGCGUUCAACUGACGCUCCUGCUUGUGUGGUGCUUGCCGCCGUACGGAGAGAGUGCCGGUCUGGACUUUUUGCUGCAGGCCAUUGGGCGUCACCCCAACGCAACGUCUUUUGUUGAGCGUCUCGUCUUGCUGUUGGACGUUUCACCAUGUAUGUUGGCAACAGAGCAGCUGAAGGGACUGCUGCAUCUGCUACUGACAGAACGACCUCAACCACUUAUGGACGCCCGGGACGUGGCGAUGGUGCAACGCGCUUUAGAGGUGGCAUCAACACAGGUGCAACAGGAUAAUUGGGACGAUCACAUGUUGGAGACACAGCGUGACCCGGCAGACAUGCUUCUGGAGUUGUUUGGAGAUCAAGGUGUGGCGAACGGCUCACCGCACAUACUGCGACUGUUCACUCUCUUUGGAAUACAUGGGAACUCCUCAAUGCCCGCUCCAUCUUGA